AGGUUUUAUCGGGACUAAAGUCUAAACUGCUGCCACGUUCAGUGCUGUACCAAAGCUUGAUGAGGUAGUGUAGUGUCUCUAAAGCUGGAUAUACUUCGGUUGAAUAACGUGCAGGAAAGUUUUCUAAGCCUUUAAGUAUAAAGAACAUUUCUGUGAUUUAGAUUGCGAUACACGUUAAAGAUCUAAAGCUGCUAAUGAUGGAGCUGCGAGUGUUCACGGUGGACGCGUUCACAAGUGUGCCGUUCUGUGGCAACCCGGCUGCUGUCGUACCACUGGAUGCGCCUCUUCCUGAAGAUCUCUUGCAAAAAAUUGCGACGGAGUUUAACUUAUCGGAGACCGCGUACCUGACACCGCUGCCCGAAGCGGGUACGUGUGGUGAUCGCGUCUGGUCAACAUGCGGCAAAUUUGGGCUGCGAUGGUUCACCCCUCUGAACGAGGUGCCGCUGUGUGGUCAUGCAACGCUCGCUGCUGCUCAUGCUCUGAUUUCGUGUCUAGGAAACUCUUGCUCCAAGUUCGAGUUUGAAACGUUGAGCGGGACGUUGGUGGCCAGGAAGGACAGUGAGACUCAAAAGAUCACUCUAGACUUCCCCAACUACGAGCCCGUGCCACUGAGUGACCACCACGCAGACCUGGCGACUCUAGUGAAGCUAGUGGAGGAACAGCUGCCUGUACAGGACGUCAGGGUGUCGCUCACAGCCAGGAAACUUAUCGUCAGGAUUAAAGAUUCAUGCACCAG